AGCAGACUGGAGACAGCUCUUAGAAAUGGCUCCAGAGGACCAGAGCGACACAUCACAGCAAACAGCAGCCAGCGAUGGAGAACAGGGGGCAGAAAACCAGUCUUCUCCUGCUGUCAUUGAGAUUAACGACUCCAUGACUGAAUGUGAGGAGGAAGCGAGGCCCAAUCUGGUGAAGAUUGAAGAGAAAGCCUUUAUUGCACGCCUGCACUCCUUCAUGAAGGACAGAGCGACACCCAUAGAGAGGAUCCCACAUCUGGGCUUUAAGCAGAUUAACCUUUGGAGGAUCCACAAAGCCGUGGAUAAACUUGGGGGCUAUGAUUCAGUGACAGCGAGACGUCUUUGGAAGAAAGUCUACGAUGAGCUGGGAGGCAGUCCAGGAAGCACCAGCGCUGCCACCUGCACACGCAGACAUUAUGAAAAACUCGUGCUGCCCUUUGAAAGAUACUUAAAAGGAGAGGAGGACAAACCUCUGCCUCCCAGCAAACCACGGAAGCCAUACAAGAGAAGUUUGGACAGCCAGGUCAACAAGGUUGAGAGGAAGAGGAAAAGGUCUCAGCUGGAUAGCGAUGUGGAUCCUGAGAUUCUUGCUCAGAGAAGUCCUGACACUCCUGGUCAAAGUGAAGCAGUGAUGCAUCCUCGCCGUGCUCUCUGGUCAUCUGAUCCACACCAUCCUGAUGCUUCUCAGCCAAACAGAGCCGCCACCAGUGUUUGCACUACCAUCUAUACUCGCCUUGUCCCAGUCCCUGUGGGAACAUCCAACCCUUGGUCUGCUUCUGUUCCAUCCACAACUGCAGAGGUCAUCUCCCCUCUGGAGAAAAAGAAGCGCAUGGCUCAGGCCAGUCUUAAUGGGCACCAGAGUCCUCAGAGCGAGGACAAGGAAAGACCCUCUGUCAUUCACUGUUCACCGUCACCGUCCCGAGCUUCUUCUACCCACAACUCCACUGAUGGCUCCCCGAUGCCUUUAUCCUCCUCCUCUUCCCGAAGCCCCUCCCCUUACUCUGUUUCAUCAGAGGACGGUCCUGUAGGCAGUGAAAACAAACCUGUCCCUCCUUCUGAGCUGCCCUUAAACUGUUCCAGCUCUGUGAAAAAUUCAUCUAGUGGUAGUGAGAACAGCAAGUCCGCUAGGUGCACUCAGCCAUCAAAAGACUCAGCCAGACAGAGAAAAGAUGUUUCCUAUGCCAGCGCUCAGUCCGGAGACUCGAUCAAAGUCCAGAAUAAAGACUCCGCCUGGAGACCAAUCCACAGAGGCAGCAGCAAAUAUAUCGCCCAUCCUUUCCUUCCACCGUCCUCUUACGUGAUAUCCGACUGGCCAACAUCUACCUCAAGUUUCACAAAAGUUAUUCCAAAAUCCAUGCCGCUUCCACGGCCUGCUCCCAUUCGACCAAGUUGUAAGAUCCCCCAGGGCAGGCUGAUGCAACAGGAUGACUCUCUGACCUCUGUAAAAAAGCAAAACAACAUGGCUCCUUGGAUUUAUCCAGCGGAAAAGAGGGAAAAAUCCAGGACAAUGCUUCAAAAAGUUUCUUCAACCCAGCAGAGUGCGUCCCAUUCAGCGGCCAGUUUGCAGCUGCCAAGUGUCCUUUCGAGAUAUGAGAAAUCAGGGCGAGACUCCCGGCACCAGCAUGCCUUUUAUCCUGCUUUUCUCCCCAACAGAAUGAGACCACCACAUCCUCAGUUUAUGUAUCAUAAUGUCCCAACUCACUCCGCCAUUAUUGGGUCGGCAGUUUACCCUCAUCCCUUCUCCAUCCCUCUCUUAAAUCCUCAAUUAGGGUAUGCCCUGCCAGCCAUGGGCCCCAUUUACCAGCAUAAAAUGUGAUUCUUUUAUAUUUGAACUUCUGGCAUCAAAAGUGUUACUUGAAAAUCGUGUUUCUUUUCUUUAUUCACAGCAGGCAGCAUCCACCUGCUUUUAAAUUUGGCACUUUCCAUUUGAAGAAAGCUUAUCUUUAUCUUAAAUUUAUAUGCCACACACACUUUUGGGUUAUGUGGCCUAAUAACCAGCUGUUUCACAGUGAGGAUAUACUUACUGUGAUUAGUUUACAUUAGCUUGCAAUCAAAUCCAAAUUACACUGAGAGGAAAUAAGACUCUUCAACCACAUCCAAGUGCUUUCAAGAAGUAUUUUUAAUAUAUUGUUUUUUCAUAUACUUAUUAUUCUAGCUAUUGUGCGAAACUUUUGGUUUGUGUCAACCCCUACGAACAAGGAUAUACAAAAAACAAUACAAACACUCAGUGAUCACUUUAUUAGGUACACCUGUUCAACUUCUUAUCAAUGCAAAUAUCAAUUCAGUUAACUGCAUGGCAGCAUGUAGGCAUGCAGACCCAGUCAAAAUGUGUUGAAGUUCUAACAGUGCAGGAGGGAACGGGAUUUAAGUGACUUUGAACGUGACAUGGUUGUUGGGGCCAGACAGGUGGGCCUGAGUAUUUCACAAACUGCUGAUCUACUGGGAUUUGCACCCACAACCAUCUCUAGGGUUUCACAGAAAAUGGCUCAAAAGAGAAAAUAUCCAGCUCUCUAGGCUAACAUGCUUAAUUGAUGCAAUAAUGAGUGGUUGAACAGAUAUACCUAAUAAAGUGAUCAGUGAGCGUAUAUUUUAAUGGUGGUCAUCAGAAAUUCACCAGGUAAUUGCACAUUUGUACACACUAGCACAAUUGGGAUACCUUGUAUUUUAAAGCAGGAACUUUUUUACUGUACUGUAAAGUCUGUGGAACAUAAAGAUUAUUUGUAAAUAUUGUAAAGUGUGUCAGUGUUCAUUAUUUUUAGAGGUGUUGCAUUUUGGUCAUAUUGUCAUUUAAAAGGUCAUUUGUAAUAAUAAAC